CGCUUUGUGAGAACCGUUAGCUCAAAUUAGCUUGAUUAGCUACGUGUUCGGCGAAAGAAUGUUUUGUCUUUUAGAGUAACGAACAGAUUCACUUCUUGAAUUUUAAAUCUCUCUUUCUUUUAGUGGGUUAUUUGCCUCUUUACAGCCACUAUCGGCAGCGAUGGCGAGCCGCGUCUCUUUUCACACACAGCUCUCGUCCAUCAUGGAGACGAUGGCCAGGUCUGCCCUGAGUCAGGUCUGCAAACUGGUGGAUGAGGACUCGGGGGAGCUGCGGCUGGAGCUGUCGCGGCUCCUGAUUGCGAAUUCAGCCCUGGAGGAGAAAGUGAACAGCCUGGAGUGUGAGCUGACGAUCGUAAGAAGCGACGCCCCCAAGUUGUGUAAAAGUUAUCGCAGCGUAGGUGUGCAGACUGUCUGUCACAAAGACGGAGAGGACCAGGCAUCUGAGCCUCUCACUAUAGAGGGGAUCUUUGGGAAAGAUUGGUGUAUGAACCUGUGGAAAGACAGAGACCCUUACAGUCUGCCGAGAUUCACUGACUCUCCACAGUCUCCUGAUAAGUCUGUAGCAACACUAUCUGACCACUUUACUGUGACUGAGAUUAAAGAGGAGGAUUAUAUGGAGGAUGCUGCUAGUAGCUGCCAGCAGGAAACACUCAGUGCUCAAGAACAUGAAGAAAACGAUGCUGAGGAACCGGAGCAACUGUCACUUGGUUACUCGGUCGAUGGCAGCUCUUGUAGCCUGUCAUUUGAUCCGGAUGGAGGACAAGUUGUGUCUGCAGGUGGUAUUGAAGAACAAUCUGUGCAGCUGCUAUCAAUCAAUGAUGCAGAAGAUGCCUUCAGCACUCAUAUCAUUCCAAUCGAAGAGGAUGAUGAUGAUGAUGACGAGGAUGAUGAUGAUGUACAGUUUGUUCAAGAAAGUCAGCAGGAGCCAACAAUGAACACUGCGGUUGGGCCCAGCCACGACGAGCAGCAAACAUCAACAGUAGACAACACUGAAAACUGCGCCACUCUGGAUAAAGAUUCACAUGCAGACUUUAAUAUUCUUAAUGCAGGAACUGCCAGAGGUCGAAGCACAAACAAAUUUACCUGUCAAAUAUGUAGCAGGACAUUCUUUCACAAGGGCACGCUAACACACCACAUGAAGUCACACAGGUCAAACUUCUGCAGCAUUUGUAAGCAGCAUUUCCCUUACAGGAACAAGUUACACUUGCACCGCUGUGUGCCUCCAGUUCCCUCUGAAAGAGUCAGCCAUUCUUGUGAGUUUUGCGGGAAGACGUUUGCCAACCCCUCUGCACUGAGGAUUCACUACGUCGUCCACACCGGAGAGAAACCCUACAGUUGCAACAUGUGUGGGAAAGGGUUUACCCAGAAAGGCAAUCUGAAAUGUCACCUACGCAUCCACACUGGCGAGAGACCAUUCCGCUGUGCUAAAUGUGGGAAGACUUUCACGCAAAAGGUGAACCUCAACCAUCAUUUAAUGUCUCACAUAAAUCGUGAGGUUGUAGGAGACCAGCCCAAUGCUAGGAGACAUCUUAAAAACUUGAUGACUGAAAGCUGUCAGUGACAGACUGUGUCAAAAGAUCAAGUAGCUUUAUUCAUUAGAAUGCACCAUGUACUGCUUCUCACUUUAGUGUAAGGGUAGUUAAUGUCAUGUUUGUAAUGUCUGUAGUGUAGUGCUUAAACAAUAUGGAAUGUUUUUGUUAGUUGUCUUUUCAUUUUUGCACUUCAAUGUUUCAGUUGCUCUGUCUUUACAAUAAAACAGUCAUGAAUGUUCA